AUGGGUAGUAAAACUAAGCUAAUUUAAGCAAACUGGUUUAUUUUCUUCGCAUUUUUUUUAAAGAAUGUGUUUUCAUAAUGGCAGUUAUAUGAUUAAGCCUUAACUAAUAGUGUGACAGCAACUGAUCUGAGUUCUUGGAACUUGACUCCUUCAUUAUAUUAGUGCACUUUACUAACAGGAGCUUAAGAAUACUGUACACAAUAAGGUUUUGGUUAAAUUGGAUAAAAUCAGUAUCCUUAUAAAAGAUACGAUAACCUUCCUCCUCAUGCAGCAGUAAUCAUUGAUCUUUCAAUACUAUUUUAAAAUACAGCUGCCCCUCCCUUACCUGCUAACCUUCAAGAUUAAAUUUAAGUUAUUGUUGAUGGUUCAGUUGUAUACAAAAAAGGAUAUAAAAAUUUAUCUGGUUGGAUCACUAACCCUGUUUGCACAAGUAUUUAUGAAAGCAUAGACUAUGUUGCAAGUAGUUAUUUGAUUCAUAACAAUCCAUCUUUACAAGUUAGUAUUAGAAAUAACUUUAACUAAAAUGCCUUAACAUAAAGCAAAUUCACAAUAAGAGAUUUUAAAAUAUUCUUAAAUUUGUGUGACUCAUCAUGUGUAUCAUGUCAAAAUACAACCCCUAAUAUUUGUAGUUCGUGUUCUUAUUUUACAGGUGCCUAUCUUGAUCCAACAUCUCAAAAAUGUGUGUGUCCGACUGGAUAUUAUAUGAGUAACACAUUAUGUGUUGCCUCAUGUCCACAAAAUACAGUUGCCUAAAAUGGAUCAUGUGUAUAAAUAUGCGACCCUAUAAAUUGUUUAGCAUGUUCAAAUUAGACAACGUGUACUUCAUGUAAACUCCCAAUGCUACUUUAAAGUGGUUAAUGUGUUAGUAUCUGUUCAGCUGGAUAUAUGUAAAAGACAGGAGGAAUAUGCUAAUAGCUAUCAUCUGUAUAUGCUAAUGGGGUCACUUUAGCGGCAGCAUUUAAUAACUUAUAUUUUAAUUAGUAAUACAUAAAUAGUCUUGGUUAUACUAUUACUAAAUUAGGUCCAUCUGCUACAACAUACCAAAAUGAUAUUUAAUUUAGUUAUUGUGGACCAAAUAAAAUACUUGGAGGCUAUUUAACUCUAUCAUCAUAUUCUAUACAACAAACAUUUACAAAUAUUCCUGCUCAUUCUAAAGCUAGAAUAUAUUUUAAAGCAUUCAUAAUUGAUAAUUGGAAUAAUGAGUAACUUUAAGUAAUAAUUGAUGGAAACUAAACAAAUGUUUCUUUCAAUAAUCUAGAUGGCUCAUAAUAAGGUUCAAAUAUAUGCGGUUUAGCUACUGUUAAUGAUUAAAUUUAUGAAUUUGAUACAUAAAUUAAUCAUACUUCCUCUACUUUAUCUUUAACGAUUUAAAGUAUUCUUGAUUCAAACCCUGAUAUUAAAAGCUUUGGAAUUAAAGACCUUUAUGUGAUUGUUAGCGCUUGUCCAUAGUUUUGCUAAGUGUGUACUGCAACACAAUGUACUUAAUGUAUGCCAGGCAUGAUCUAUUACAAUUAAUAAUGCUAUCAAAAAUGUCCAGAUAGUCUUUACUUCAACGGAGCAACCUGUGUUGCUUGCAACCCAGCUUGUGCAACAUGCGAUCCUGCCAUUUAAAAUGGAAAUAAUUGCUUAACAUGUUAAAAUAGUAGAGUUAAUAAUCCUCCAUACUGUGGAUGCUAUAAAGGAUUCUAUGACGAUGGGAUCAACAAGAAUUGUUAAGCAUGCAGGCCAUUUUGCAUUGAAUGUACAUCAUACAAUCAAUGCAGUUCUUGCUAAGGUAAUAGAGUUACUCCUCUUUGUACUUGUCCAACUAACACUUACGAUAACAACUAAGCAAUAUGUGCAUAAUGCAAUUAUUUUUGCAAUGGCUGCACAGGUCCCAGUGUUAAUGAUUGUAUAGCUUGCUAGGGAAAUAGAAUUUUUCCAGGAUGUAGCUGCCCUCCAAAUACUCUAGAAAAUGGAAGUUCAUUAAUAUGUCCAUUAUGCAAUCCCGGAUGCAUAUCUUGUUCUAUCAUAGCAAGUAAUUGUAGUGGCUGUUCAUCAACAACUAGAACAGGUACUGAUUGCCAUUGUAAACCUGGAAUGAUGGAAACAUACUAAAAUGAUUGCAUUUAAUGUAGUGUCAAAUGCAAAACAUGUUCAAACACUUAAGAUAACUGCAAUGGCAACUGUGCUGGAAAUAGACUUCCACCAGAUUGCUCAUGUCCCCAAUAUUACUAUGAUAAUAAUUAGCCUUUUUGUGUUCCAUGUCCCUAUUAAUGUGCUAAUUGUAAUAUAGCAGGUAUUUGCACUUAGUGUUCUUCUAUAAGAACAAACUUACCUAAUUGUGUAUGUCCAACUGGUUACUUUGAUUCAGGUGUAGCUGACUGUUAAAUAUGUUCUAGCAAAUGCCAAUAAUGUGUUACUAGUUCAACUAACUGUACUGUCUGUGGAUUAAAUAGAUCAAAUCCCCCAGCUUGUGGCUGCUCACCAGGUUAUUAUGAAGACCCUAUUUCAUAAACUUGUUUAUAGUGUUAUACUAAUUGUGCAACAUGCACUGGUAAUUUGCAGAGCUAAUGUUUAACUUGUUUAGGAAAUAGAAUAAAUAAUCCUCAAUGUAACUGUCCUCCAUAAACAUACGAUUCAGGAACUGCUGUAUGUCCUUCGUGCUAUAGAGGAUGCACUUCUUGCUUUGGGGCUUUAUAAAAUUAAUGUAUUAGCUGCACAAAUAAUAGAUAGCUUAGUGGUGGAAACUAAUGUAUUUGUAAAUAUGGUUAUUAUGAUGAUAAUUUUUCAUAAGAUUGCUUAUAGUGUAGCUACAAAUGCUUAACGUGCAAUAGCUUUAGUGUUUGUACAUAAUGCGCAGCUAACAGAGUUAGUUUACCAAAUUGUGAUUGUCCUUAAAAUUCUUUUGAGAUUAAUUAACCGAAUUGCUUGUAGUGUCCAUUUAAAUGUCUUUCUUGUGAUUAAAUUACUAUGAAAUGUAUAACUUGCAAAGGGGAUAGAAGCUUAUAGCAUGACUGUCUCUGCUAAGGCAAUACUUUCGAUGAUGGGAUCAAUGUUAAUUGCUAACAAUGCUAUAAAACUUGUUAAGGUUGUUUUGGUCCUGGUCCCAUGAAUUGUAUUUAAUGUAAAGAAUCAUAUUAAAAAUCUGACAAUGGUAUCUGUGUUUGUGAUGUAAAUGCCUACGAGGAUAAUGGUUUAUGUGUUUGCAAGACUUCUUUUGUGAUGAAGAAUUCUAUUUGUGUAUAAGAUGACAGUAAUAAUCCUGGAAAUGAAAAUAAUUAGAAUUAAAAUUGUAUAGUUUAAUACUGUAAAAUGUGUUAUAAAAACACUUGUUUGUAGUGCUAAGACAAUAGAGUUCUAAUAGAUAAUAAAUGCGUAUGCAUUAAUGGAUUCUAUUAAAUAACUUAAAAGGGCUAAACAUAUUGCUAACCAUGCUCUUUGCAAAAUUGUAGUUAUUGUGCUAUUGAAGAUAAAUGUGAAAAAUGCAAUGAUGGUUUUGUACUAACAAGUGAUUUGAACUAAAAAUUAAUUUGUUUAGAAGUCAAAGUAGCCACAUAUUUUGAUUUUCCAAAUAUUUACAUUUUUUAUAUAUUUUUGUUUCUAUUUUUAGCUGGGGUAAUACCAAUUAUCUGUAAAUAAAUAUAUGUAUUUGCCUCAAGUAGGAAAAAGCAAGAAAUAUUAGAAAGUAAAAGGGAAAAGCUAAAACAUCCAUCUGAAUUUCGAAAAGAAAGAGAAAAAUAUUAGUAAAGAAUCCAAAAAAAACAAAUAAAAUAAAGUAAAGAUUAACAGAUGGUAGAUCACCUUCUAAAUUCUCAAGGGUAAAAUAACUAGGAUGAUGUGUUAAUCUAAAAAAAGAAUGUUUUGGAUGCUGAUAAUUAAAAUUCUAUAAAUAACUAAAAUCAAAAGAGUUAUUUAUUAAAAAAAGAUGAGGAAAACAGCUUGAAUAAUUCAUUAUCCUUGUAACCUAGAGACAUAAUUGAAAAUAAAAAUAAUUUUGAGUAAAUGUAGCAUUUAGACAAUUAGAAUACUGAUAGAAAUAAUUUAGAUUAAUUAAAAUAAUCAGAUAUGUAAGAUAACAAUUAAAAAAAUUAAUCUAAAAUAGAUUAAAGUAUACUAUAAGAAUCUAAUCUCUUAUACUCUCGUUAGUUUAAAUAAAAUCUAAGCAAUUCUUAGAAAAAUUUAAAUCACUAAUCACUAUCUAAGUUAAAGAAGCAAUUAGUAUCAUGA